AUGGAAAAACUGCCAAAGAACGAAUCUAAUCGGUUAUAAUUUUUUUAAAUUUAAUUUUAAUUUUUUUGUUUCUUUUUAGUGAUCCUUUCACUCAUAUGGAAGAAGAAAGAAGAUCGAAAGACAGGGAACUCGCAGAUAAAAGAGAAAAUCUUGAGAGAGUCGGUUGAUUUGGAGGUUCUAAUCCCAUUUUUCGGUUUUCAGACUUUUAACGAGAAGACCCUGGGGCGGAGGCAGAGAAACAAGGAGAGAUCUUCGAAGGUAAAUUUUUUUUUUCCAUGGACCUCUCAUUCAAAUUUUUUUUCAGUUAGAUGAUUUGGAGAAAGAGAAUCGCGAAAAACUGGAAGAACGUCGAGCAGAACUCUUCCGUCUCCGCCAUGAAGUAUUCAUCGUUUUUUUUUUGUUUCUAAAAAGGACGUGAAUUUUAAAGGUGGAGGAAAUGCGCCGUGGGAACUUGACCAGCUCGCAGACGUCGCUGGCCACCAGCUACAACGAGAACACUAUGCGCGGCAGUCCUCCCGACAAGUCCAAGAAGAGAAUGGGUACGCUUGGCCUCUUCAACAGGAAUUAA